CAAACAAAAUCCAAGAGCUCCACUUCACUGCACAUCACCUCAAGUGUUGUGUCUCUUUAAUAUUGAGAAAUUAUGCAAUGACAAACAUGUCACAUACAUCUCACAUGUCAUGUAUUCCGUGUAAAACAUUAAAGGAUAAGAUUAGCCAUGUAAACUUAAGUUAACAAACAACCAAACUUCGACAACAAAACCCCACCCAGUUUUAUAGGGGUGUCUCCAUUGGCCUCCAUGUCUGUUAAUCCGUUCCCUCUUUAUUCCGCUCCUGCCAUUGGUCGGCGGUGACGACAAUCCCGAGACGUGAUCCCGCCCACCGAGCGGAUCAAGUUUGAAUGAACAACAGCAGUCUGUUCUAGAGGUGCUAGUUGCAUUUGCAGUAAUUAUUAAAAGUGUGUAUCAUAUCGCGGGGGCGCUGAUCAAGGAUGGACAUGAAGAAAAGAAUCCACCUAGAGUUGCGGAACCGCACUCCGUCAGAUGUCAAAGAACUUGUUCUAGACAACUGUCGCUCAAAUGAAGGAAAGAUCGAGGGUCUAACAGAUGAGUUUGAGGAGCUGGAAUUUCUAAGCACAAUCAAUGUUGGACUGACCUCAGUUGCCCACUUGCCGAAGCUAAAUAAACUCAAAAAGCUUGAACUCAGCGAUAACAGGAUCUCAGGAGGGUUGGAAGUUCUGGCAGCAAAAUGCCCCAACCUCACACAUCUCAACCUCAGUGGCAACAAGAUUAAAGACCUCAGCACAAUAGGACCAUUGAAAGAAUUGGGAACCCUUAAAAGUCUGGAUCUGUUUAACUGUGAAGUGACAAACCUGAACGAAUACAGAGACAACGUGUUCAAGCUGCUACCCCAGCUCACGUACCUGGACGGGUACGACAAAGACGACAAAGAGGCACCAGAUUCUGAUGCUGAGGUCUAUGCAGAGGGCUUGGAUGAUGACGAUGACGAUGAAGAUGAUGUCGAUGAGGAGGAGGAUGAUGAAGAUGCAGCACCAGGAGAUGAUGAGGAGGAGGAAGGAGAGGAAGACGAAGAGGAGAAUGAAGAAGAGGAAGAGGAGGACGUCAGUGGAGAGGUGAGAGUAAAUCAGAUUUGCACUCUAAUGAUACAAAAUAAUUCUAAAUGAAAUUGUAUUAACUUUACCAUUUGUUUUUUAAAGGAGGAAGAGGAUGAAGAUGUGAAUGACAAGGAGGAUGAGGAUGAUGAAGGUGAGUCAAAUAAUGGCUGACUUUAAAACAUAAGCAGUCUCCUAAAUCAAUACUAGUUGCUAAGCGUAUAUAUUAUAUACAAAUCUUUAUAGUAUAUAUUUGUUGCAGUAAGUACACAAGAAAUCAACAGUUUUCAUGUUUUCAGUGAAAUGCAUGUCAUUGAGGCCCGUUAAACAUAUUGAAUUAAUUUCCUUCAGUAUAAGAACAUUUUUGUAUGCGUCUUUUUUUUAAACAAAUAUUUUAAGUUUUUAUAUCUAGCUUGCAUGUUCCCUCCAACAACUACUGAGCAAUAAUAGUAGUUAUUACAUUUUGUCUGGAAAGAGUUUGUCAAUUGUAAUAAUUCAAAGUAGGUCAUUUGUAUCAAAUUUGUCUUGCUACUAGAGAAGGCAGGAAACAACUGCUUUUAUACUAAUAGGAAACAACAUUGUGCGUGCACCCUUGUAUUGGCAAUCAGACUGCAACUUUAUAAUGACACUGCCAAUUACAUUUAUGAACAGACAGUGAUGUGUCUUUACAAAAAUCCAAAAGUCUUGCCAGCUACUGUUAGUCCUAAAUGAUGGAACCUGCAAAACAACUUUAACGGAAGACAUGGAUUUACUUCUAGUCUUUGCCUCUCUUUAAACACAACUCUCGUUUUUGUAGAAGAAGAGCGAGGUCAGAAGAGAAAAAGGGAUCUGGAUGAAGAAGGGGAAGAAGGAGAAGACGAUGAAGACGAUUGAGGUUCCUCUUGAAGCUAAGUCAUGAACUGUUAAACUUGUAUCUCCCAGUCACUUCUCAACAACCCCAUGUAAUUUCCCCCCCAUUUCAUAUUGCAGUAGGAGUGGUUUUUGUUAUUGGCCAGUCAGGUAGACGGGGUUGUCUGGAGAAAUAUGUUACAUUUAUGUACCUUUGAUGCUCCUGUGUUCCAGUCUUUACAGUCCACUUUUAUCUGCUCUGUGGACUCCAAUUUUGUAAUAUCCAAUAAUGGCAAAGAUAAAACUUUUUAAGAAAUGUUUUUUUCUUUUCUAAGGUUGUGUAAGACCAGUUUCUGAUGUAUUUGAUUUAAAACCCCCUUCAAAAGAAAAUAACAAAAUAAAAAACAAAAAAAAGAGUGCAUGUCUAAACAUUUUAAAGUCAAAUACUGGAUUUCAUGUAUGGCUGUCCUCUCCUCGUCUUAAACUUAUUUUUGCAUCGUACUUUUAUCUCUUUUUUUUUUUUUUUUUUUAAAUGUAAGUUAUGCGUUUGUAGUGUCACCAGAAUGCCAAUACUCUCUGCUGUCCUGGUGUGAAACUUCUGUCUGAACAUGCACAGUGUGACCCUCACAGGGCAUAUUUUUAAAUCCUAGCAAAGAAAUGUCUGCCCUUGUCAAAGCCGCUCCUCCUCCUUAAACCCUCAGCUUUGAUAGUUCGGAAAUUACGUGUUCUUGUAAAUACUGACCAAAUCUAUUUUUUUGUAUUCUCUUUGAUGACGGCAGACAUUGAACAGACAUCUGAGGUGAAACUUUGACUUGUAAUAAGAUAUUAAAUAUGUAUGCUGCUUUAUCUAAAAAAAACGCAGUGUGACAUUUCUUGAAUUUGAACAUAACUUUGUAUGCAUAAUCUUUCCAUAAAGACAAAUGUUCAACAUCAAAACUCAUCAUCACUUUUCCCAUGUUCUUUUCUGUGACACACAGGUGGCAAUGUUUGAAUUUGUGGUGGUAGUGUAGAGAAAUACUUGAUAUAAACGGAGGUUACAACUGCAAAUUAUGUGCAUAGAAAUGUUAUUGUUACAAAAUAUGUAAACUCUGGAAAACGGUCAGUUACUUGGACUUUGUUUUCACUAUUAUUCGUACUGGUCAAAUUGGCCUACCUCAGUGAUUUUUCACUCCAUGUUAAAUCCACUGUCAUCAGCCAAAUUGUUUAAUUUUCCCUCCCAUUCACUUCAAUAAAUCCCUUUUUAUAUA